AUGCGCUCGCAUGUGGUUGCAGCUCUUGUGGCGUUUACUAUUAUGUCGAUCACUCAACUGUUCAUCCUGCUCAACUGCUUACACAGCCGUUGUAGUACAGCCGAGGCACCUACCCGUGAGGACACCAUAUCCUGUUCUUCUAGCGGUUCUUAUGUGUCAUCUCAAUGUUACUCGUCCAGUGUUGAAGACAUUUCAAGAGUUCUUGCGCCCAAUUCACAAGAACAAGAGAAUAUGGACUUGGAUUUUGUCAUAGUGCUCUGUGGCGGUUUCGCCUAA